AUGAGAGUGCAUGAGCAUGACCAACGGCUGAGAUUUGAAGUCACGCUAAAGCCAAUGAGUUUGACCGGAAGUUCUUUGAUCACGGCGAGAACCGUCGGAGUUCUUCUCUUUCUCUCUAUGUCUCUUCUGAUUCUACCGCCGUUCCUUCCGCCGCUUCCACCGCCUCCAGCAACACUCCUUCUCCUCCCUCUCCUCCUCAUGAUUCUCCUGCUUUUUUUGGCUUUUUCUCCUUCUAACGAGCCCAGCCUCGACGCAGAAUCUCUUGACUCCUCCUGA